UUUAAAAUGGCUAAAUAUUUUAAACUUUUUAAGAAACCUCUUUUUUUAAUCAGACCUAUGGUCAGACCCUUCAGCUCUUCCUUAGAAGACCAACCAAAGUCAUCACUUUUUAUUUCAGGCAAAAGAGCUCAGGAUACAUUUGUUGCUGUGGUUCCACAUAUAGACUUUGAUGAGAGAUUCAAAGACAUAAACAGUUUAUCAGAUAACAUAAAACGGAGGAAACUAAAUCUAAAUGCUAAGGAAUUAAGUCAGUCUUGGCUAUUUUAUAAGGAUUGGAAUGAUAAAAGAAAUAAGUUACAGAAUAAUCUAGAUGAGACGGGGAGAAGAAUGAGGGAGCUUCUUAAGAAAGAAGAAAGUGAAGCUAAAGAGGAGAUGAAAAGGUUAGAAAGAUUAAGAGAAAUCCUGAAAAAAGACAUACAUGAGGUAAAAGAAAAUAUUUGGGGGAUGGAAGACAAUGUUAUUGGCAGUUUGUUGAAAUUGCCAAAUCAUUUGCAUAAGCUCGCUCCUGAAAAUGAAGAAAAUGUUUAUUUUUUAAACAAUGAAAGCAAUGCUUCCAAAGGAGUGGAUCAUUUGAAAGUAGGAGAGGAUCUAAACAUUCUCAAAUAUUAUGAUCAGUUUACUUAUUUUCUAAAAGAUGAAGCUGCUAUGUUUGAAUUAGCUUUAUCAGACUUUUGUAUUGACAAAUUAGUAAGAAAGGACUUUAUUCAGUUUUCAAAUCCUGAUUUUACUCGAAGUUCCCUUGCAGAAGGUGUUGGAACUGUUCCCAAUGAUACUUCUGAACUGUUUCUGCUAGAAAACACUGAAGCAAACAAUGAUCGUCUACACAUGUGUGGUGGAGCCUCGAUAUUCCCAUUCUGUGGUUUUCAUGCCAAACAAGUGGUUCAGAAAGAUUCCCUGCCUGUAAGAUAUGUAGCCUCAGGCAGACAGUACAAACAGACUACUUCUUCAUUACCUGGUCUGUACUCUGUCCACCAGUCGACAUCGGUUCAAGUUUUUAUUGCAACAUGGAGUGACAAAGAAAUGAAUGAAGAGUUUAACUCUUGCUUAAAGGUGUUUGAAGAACUUUUUAAUGAAUUCGGCCUAAAAUUUAGAAUAGUAAUACAGCCACCUCAUACUUAUAAAAGCUGGGAUAGUUUGAGAGCAAGUUUACAGGUGUUUUCUCAUUUAAAUAAAAGUUUUAUUGAAGUUGGACAUCUGAGUUUAAUAGAUGAUUUCAUUAGUAAAAGACUGAGAAUGUGUUACAAUGAUAAGAAAGGGGAAUUAUUUCUUAAAGUAAUCUCUGGAACUGUCAUCAAUGCUCAGUCAUUCCUUGCUCUUUGUUUAGAACGAUCACAACAAAAGUUGUUUGUACCAGAGAAUUUAAGACACUUUUUCUAUUUAUAAUUCACAAGGUUCAUUUUAUGUAGAUAAUCUGUUGUAUAGUCAAUAAAGGAUUCAGUUUUGGUA